CGGCGAGACUGAGCGAGCGAGCGAGCUGCAGAGCGGGUUGGGUGGUGACCCAGGAGCGCGCUCUCAGCUGCCACUGCCCCUCGUGUGGAGGUGGGGCCCCUGCCAAACCUGGUGUGUGCGUGGGGAGGGGAGAGGAGGAGGGGAGAGGAGGAGGUGGGGGGAGGAGGGUGCGUGAGCCACAGGCAGUUUGUAGAGUCUAUAAGUUCACUCUCCACCAAGCCACCGUCGUGUUCGUCUCCGCCGCCUCCUCCUCCUCCUUAUUCUCCUCUUCAUCGUCUUCUGCUCCCGCCGCCUCGUCUCGUCCGUGCCGCCCGGGCACGGGAACCACGCGAGGGCCUCUGAAAGCGCAGCACCCACGCCAUGUACAUCAUGCAGAAGGACACCACGUUCACCAAGAUCUUUGUCGGGGGGCUGCCCUACCACACCACGGACGCGUCCCUGAGGAAUUUCUUCGAAUCGUUCGGAGAGAUCGACGAGGCAGUGGUGAUCACGGACCGGCAGACGGGCAAGUCCAGAGGAUAUGGCUUUGUGACGAUGGGAGACAGGGGAGCAGCAGAACGAGCCUGCAAGGACCCGAACCCGAUCAUCGACGGACGCAAGGCCAACGUCAACCUGGCGUACCUGGGGGCCAAGCCACGCGUGCUGCAGCCAGGGUUUGGCCUCGGGAUGCAGCAGAUCCACCCGGCUCUAAUCCGACAGCAGUACGGGCUGGCGACGCAAUACGUCUACCCGCACGCCAUGCUGCAGCCGGGCCUCCUGCUGGGGGCCCACACGCCUCCGGGCGCCGCCGCCGCCGCCGCCGCCGCCACCAGCGGCGCCAGCACGCCCUGCUACCUCGAGUACCCGGGCGGCGGCUUUGCGGCGCAGUACGGCGGAGCGUACGACUACUCCUACGCGUCGUCGGCGUUCCUCCCCGCCGGGUACGCGGGAUACGUGCCGGCUCUGGGCGCCGGCGGCGUCAUGCCCGCCGGCGCCUCUGCCUACCACCAGCAGUACGCCGUGCCGACCGCGAUGCAGGAUCGCGUCGUGCAGUGAGACGACGG